AUGCUGGCAAUUGUUAUAGGAGUUUUCCUUCUAGCGAACACAUUUGCUUUACGAUGUGGUUAUAUAUUAAUAUUCAAAACAGGAAAAACAUGUGAUGAUGAAGAAUAUAAAAUACCCCUCCUUGUUUUAAACUCUGCUAUUAACCCCAUUGCGUACGCCUUCUACAAGCAGGAUAUAAAAAAGGAGAUGACAAAAUGUAUUUUCUGCGUUAUCUAGACAAAGUAAUUCAGCUUUUUCAGCUAAUUCAAGAAAUCCGCAAAAUUGGUUUUUAAGCUUUCAUUAAUGGUUUGACAAAAGGCGUUGAUAAUUAUGGAACAAAACGAAAUUGUAUUCCAAGAUCACCUUGAGGUUUUUGUCUCUUGAACGAGGCUGCCUUUAUUCUCCAAUUUAUCGCUUGACACCUUAGUGAUCUUUUUACCUCAUUCGAGUUGUUUACCAGUUAUUUUUAGGUUCGUGUGAGUCUGAAGGUACCCUUUAAAAUUCUUAACCGCACAAGUGUAUGCUGUGAAGAGUUUGAAGUAUGAAAGAGCGCGAUCAUGGUAAUAAUCGCCGUACUCGUCUUGCCAAUCAGAAUAUAAAAUUCAUCCGUAGCAACGACACCUGCAGUCGGUGUUAAGACAAUCUUGGCGCCCAUGCUGCGCAUUAGCGUGAGAUGGAAAAGCAAGACGAAAAUAGAGGUUGGAGUUAAUGUUCUAGGCUUUCCCUUACUUAAAGGAAUUGACGUCAUUCGGCUGGGAAGUGAAAAGAAGGAAAAUGCGUCAUAGGGAACCAAAACAUUUACGACGUGGUGUGGGCAUUUGAAAGUCACAACUUUCGAUCUUUAAAACGUGGCGUGAAAAAAAAUAGAAUACGUGUUUAUUCACUCGCUUGUGGUUGGGACGCAUCCCAAAAAAUAGAAAUGUCAUUAAAAAUGUUUAGAAUAAAAACGCUAAAGAAAACACAUUUGUAUAUUGAUUGCUCGGAAAAUAUAAGUGGUUAGCUACUGAAGAACUCUCUCCCGAGUACCAGGGUAAAAAGUGCUUCAUAUUUCACUGCUGAAUGAACAUGUCAUCCAAAGGAAACACAGCAUAAACCGAGAACACCAUUAGGCCAGGAUAGUGUAUCUUUAUUAUUUUGCGCAAGAUUAGUCCUUCGAAACGAAAUUUUAAUCGCAUUUAUUUCGAAAGCAGCACGUUUUCCAAUUGUCAAAUUUUAAACAAUAAUAUUUAAUAUGUGAGAAAAUAAAAGCAUUCCGCCUCAUACCUGCCAAUUGCCCUUUCGUUAUGGGUAAGUCAGAGAAAAUAUAAGAAAGGGGGAGGGGAGGGGGGGAGGUUUGAUGUUACAUGAAACUUUAACCAAUGUAAAUGGCAGGUAAUUUUCACACCAACUCGACCAGGGUAUUCUGGUUUAUUUAGUGUUAUUGCCAAAUCGUUUAAAGAAACUCGUUGAGUAGAUCAUAAAUAUGACGCAGCUUCAACGCCUUUAGUUUAACUACAGACAAAUUUGUGCUCCCUUCAGGUUUUCUGAUACUUCCUCCUCCUCUAAAGAAAAGAGAUGUUAUUCGUACCAAACUAUGAAGGAAAGUAUGAAUAUAUUUAAUUGAGUCGUGUUGCACACGUUUGAAUCAAGUUUGAAAAUGGUCACAUUUUUGUUGCAACAUAUUCUGAUGUUGUAAGAUGUUGCGUACGUUUGACCAGUUCCUUCAAAAAAAUCUCUUGACAAGAUUUAACAAUAUUUCAAGAUGUUGUUUUAAAAGUUUUCUAGACGUAAUGGACGGUUAAAAUUUAACUGUUUUUCCAAACAUAUUUAGUCAAUAUGCUAAAGAAAAGAAAACAUUAAAAAUAUGUAACUUUAGUAGCUGAGUACUGAAAAGAAAGUGUUUCUCUUCUCGACUAUGUGAAUGACUUUUAUUUCGAGCCACAUUUUGAAUCAGAAGUUCUGGUACUUGUUUGACUGCGUUAAAGCUGCAUUCAGGUGGUUUUCAGUAAGGAAUAAUUCUGCCCGGAACAAGCCAGUGUUUGAGUUCGUGUCCACGUUUUCCGAUGAAAUCAGCCACAGUGAGAACAGGGAGCUCUAAAAUCUGCUAGUUUUCCUAACAUUAUGGGUGAAGCAGAUAAAGGGGCAGAGGGGUUUUGUAUUAAAAAGUUACAUACGUAAAUAACAGUUGGUUUAAACACCAACGCGCCGGACUAAGAUAUAAUUUAGUGUUAUCGCUGAGUAUAACAUGGUUUGACACAAAUUUCAGUUUCUCGGCAAACUAAUAAGCACUUUUAUUAACAGGCUAAUAACAAGUGUUAGUAAAAAUGUUCCGUAGUCAAGGAACCACCACGCCGGGUGGUCCAUUAGUUCGUUAUUGAAAGUUAUCUUCUGUAUAUUCACUUGAGUAAAGUCGCUCAAAAACUCCUUAAUUGAAACCUGGUUUUGGAUUCUUGGCUGGUCUCUUUUCAUUGUAACCAUAGCUGGAAAUGGAUUUACUAUCUUCCUUGUUUGCAGACGUUAGCGGCUUCGAACUAAAACCAACGCAUUUGUCGUUUCACUUGCUAUGGUAGAUUUCUGUGUUGGGCUGAGUGCUGUUCGCCCACUUCAGUUUGCGAGACUGACAACUGGAUGCAAUCCUACAGCCCCUUUUGCCGACAGGGUGGAUUAUCUAAGGUGGUUGUUUACAUAUGCGUCUGUAACAAACUUAUCUAGUUUAGUCCUGGAUCGUUACAUCGCUAUUGUGAAGCCUCUCAAAUACUUCUUGUUAAUGACGUGCAAACGUGUUUCUCAGAUGAUUUUUAUUUCCUGGGCACUUUUAGCCAUCGAUGUUCUAAUGUCGUUCGUUUUUAACGACAAUCUUUCUCUUUUUUUAAUUUCUUUUCGGAUAACCAUGAUUUUCUUCGAGUUCCUACCGUGCUGUGGUCUUAUCUCUUGA